CCAACCAAUCACAGGCUUUGGAGGGCUUCUCGAAGCUCACAACACGGAAGUGCGGAAAACUGAAUCCACAUCGCCAUUACGGAUUUGUUUGUUCGAGUUGUGGAGUUAGAAAACUGUCGCCAAACCUUUUGGGAUUUUUACUAUCACACUUUUUUCAUGCGUCGUCGCUGCUUUUUCUCAUGGCGGUCACACCGAAGAAUGUCGAAUUCGAGUCCGUGUGUAGUUCACAGUCCGUGUCGGAGACCAGCCCUCAUGACCCCGCGGAGACGCCGCACCAGAAGCUCAGCGCCUCCCUCAAGGAGCGUCUGAAGAGGUCACGGCGCUCCUUCACCUCGCCAUUCCGCGCGGCCAAGCGCCUUUGUGUGGACGAGGAAGACGGCCAAGCGCUCGCAACAGAUUCCCAGACGACGUAUAACAACACAAACGCUCCACUCGUCAGCUCGCCCGCUGACAUCAAGGGGCAGGAAGCCAGACCGAGGGGUGAAAGGUUCUCCGGGACGAGUCCUGGACCUUCUGAAGACUUGGCACAACAAAGGGAGCGACUCAGCCGGGAGGUGAAGGACAGGACGGAGACGUUGCGUCGACUUAAGAUGGUGAAGAUGUACAGAAGCAAGAACGACCUGGGCCAGCUCCAGACCUUGGUGGACAAGUGGCGGAGCUGUGCCCAGGAGGCGCUCUAUCAGCUCCAGUCGGACGUCCCGGUGGACGGACGCAAGGCCAGUCUCUCCGAGCUCAUCGACCUCUUCGGACUGGAUGAGAACAUUCUGCACUUUGACCGCACGGAAGAUGACUUCCUAAACAGGAUCUCAAAACACACAUUAGAUGGACGAAGAAACCUCUAAAGUCCAGUUUGGGCACUACCAAUUGUUCACUUUUUGAAACAAAAAGGACAUAAGGGCAAUACAAACUUGUCACAGGGUGUAAAGGUCCCUAUUAAGACCAGACAUACAAGUGUAAAAAUAAGUGGAGCAAUACUAUUUUUCAAAGGCUAGUCCGUUUGUAAUAAAUAUCAAGUUUUGUAAGUUUAAAUAUGUUGAAAUUUCCAACUUUAGAGGUUUCUCUGCAUGGUUAAAUUCCAAAUGAUUCUACAGGGAAAAAAAAGUUUAAAUAUAUUGAACUCUUUAUUUGUUGCAGCUGCUCCAUUUCCACCAUUUGUUCACUUUUUGAAACAAAAAGGAAAUAAAGACAAUAUAAACUUGUCACAGGGUGUAAAGGUCCCUAUUAAUACCAGAUGUAAAAGUGUAAUAAAUAUCAAGUUUUGUUAGUUUAGAGGUGUUUUUCCCCAAAAUAUGUUCACAUUUCCAACUUUAGAAGUUUCUCUGCAUGGUUCAAUUCCAAAUUAUUCUACAGGAAAAAAUUUUU